AUUUGAAACAAAUUUAUUAUGGAUAACAACUCUGAUAGCUCCCAAUUUCAUCUAGUUGUUCAGAGUGCAUGAAUUAUCCUCAUUGAAAGUUGAGUAGGCUGUCAUGGGAUCAACCUGUUUUCUUUUAAAUUUGGUCACUACUGGAAACAAUUCACUGUUCAGCUACAUUUUCAUCUGGAGUGGUUUGUUAAUACAACCUCAAUACCCACCCUUUAUUAUUAUUGUUUGUCAUUGCUUUGAACAACAUUAGAAUUAUAUGUUAUUUUGAUACUAGAGAUUGUCCUCUUGGAGAUCAAUGCUCAUAUCCACAUAGAGCUCGAUUUGAAGUUGAAAAGAUUGAACAUGUUCUUGGUCAUGAUUUUUUCCUUGGUAGGCUUCGCACUAACCAAAGAAUUUGUCGUUUUUACCUAAGAGGUAAUUGCAUUCAUCAACAAAACUGUCAUUAUCGCCAUGAAAACAUCAAUGAAAUACCUAAUUCAUCAAGAAAUAGUGUUGAUAGGUCUGCUCGAACUACUAGAGGCUCCAUGAAUACUAAUACUCCCUCAACUUCCCAAACUGCUGAUAUAACAAAUAAAAAUUCAUUAAACAACAUAACAGAAAUGAAUAACAUGGAUAACAAUAUGAAAGAAAUAAAUUCCUGCCACGAAGAAAAUGACAAUAAGUCAGAAUCAGAGCAAGAAGGUGCUUGUGCUUCUCCACCAUUGACUUGUAGUAGCAUGGAUGAAUCUUGGGUGAAUGCCCCUGAAUUUGUGCCAAAAAACACAAUUAUCAGACCAAGAAGUUAUGCAGAAGCACUCAGUCCAGAAGCGAUUGCUGAAAAAAAUGCAAAUAGAAAGCUCUGCCCUUAUGUGAAUAAGGAUGGAAUUUGUAGAAAUUUGACUGAUUGUACGUAUUUACAUGGGGAAAUGUGUGAUAUGUGCGAGCGGCUUAUUUUACACCCCUUUAAUGAGGAACAAAGAAAAAAGCACCGUCAAGAAUGUUUGAAGCAACAUGAAAAGAACAUGGAACUGUCUUUCGCUAUUGCACGGUCUAAAGAAAAGACUUGUGGUGUCUGCUUUGAGGUUAUCAUGGAAAAGGCUAAUGGCGAACAAAGAUUUGGGAUUUUGCCAAAUUGCAAUCACUGUUUUUGUUUAAGCUGCAUUCGUAAAUGGCGACAGGCUCGUCAGUUUGAAAAUAAGAUAAUCAGGGCUUGUCCAGAAUGUAGAGUAACUUCCGAUUUCGUUUGUCCCAGCAUGUACUGGGUAGAUACUAAAGAAGACAAAGAAAAGUUAAUCGAUGAUUAUAAAAAAGCUUUAUCUAGAAAAGACUGUAAAUAUUUUAAAAAGGGGCAAGGCAAAUGCCCAUUCGGUAAUAAAUGCUUCUAUUUGCACGCCUUUCCCGAUGGAAGCAAAUGUGAUGUUGGGCCUCCUCUGAGGCAAAGACGACCCAGAAAUGUCGAUAAUGAUAUAGAUGUCUUGCAGGAAUUCCUUAACAAUCUUGAAGAUUCCUAUAACAGUCACAUGACAAUGCCUCCCAGUCCACAACUUAGACAAGAGUUGGAGGAAAGGUACUACAGGCCACCCCCUGAGAAUUCAAAUAUUUCAAAUUAAGCAUCUAAUCAUAAUUUCUUAGAGACUGCAUUACUUUGUUGUUGUUCAUGAAAAUUUAAAUUUUAAUUGUUCCAUAGCUGUUUGAAUUGUUUGAAAGAUCAUUAUUCCAAUUCAUUUGAGAUUAAACUAAUGUUUGCAUAAUUGAAAUUGUUUGACUGUAUUCAUUUAUUUUAGAAAAAAAAUAAUCUUUAUUAUCUUUAUUUUCUAAAGCAGAUACAAGUGCAAGUUCUUGUUUUUGUUUGAUCAUCUUGAUUGCAUUUUCGAAUUCCUCUCUUUUUUCCUUGGAUUCUGGAGGGUACAACUCUCUUUUCUUUUUAACAACCCAUUCUUCAAAGUAUUCUGGUUGGUUGAAGUAGUGAAAUAGUGCUAUUGGAAAUGUUACAUAGAUGGCCAUUUUUGCAACUUCUAAAUGCCAAGUUCCCAUGAUUACUUUCCUAAAAAAA